CUCAGCCGUUAUACAGACAGGUGCAAUAGCUAUUUAAAUAAUAAAUAGCUAUAAUAAAGCAAUGAUGACCAAUCAUCAAAGAACCCGUUGAGAAUAUAUGAUGGUCAGCUCUGGCUUCAUGUCCACAACGACAGCAAGGUGCCCACAUACGGGAUCUUGAACCGCGAGAUUGCGAGAUAACGAACGACUUUCUUCAGCGAUUUUUUUUCUUGAGCGACAGAAAUCGAAUUUCGAACUCUCUAUAGUGUGUAACAUUCUCUCAUUAACAAAAAUGACGUUUCAAUUAAGCUUUUUUAUUCUGUUGUCAGUGGUCACUUUGGUUGGUGCUUUUUUCCCUCGCAGCGCUUUUCAGCGGGACUUUCACCGACACGUCGCGAAAGAUUUGGAAUCUUCCGGGAACGGACCAGACGAACCUCUUCGGGGAUCUGUCAGGGUUGUCAAAUUAAGCCCUCAUUCUCUGCGACGGGCAGCCGGUAGUCACGUGUCGCCCAAAAACUCACCGGGUAGAGGCGCGUUCCCCGCGUUCUUGGCUCUCGGACGUCCCGGCCCGUCAGUCCUGUCCCAUAACAAACCUGCGGCCCACCUCCUUCCGGUGAGCGCGAGCAGCACCAGCGCAGACGCCCGGAGGAAACAGGGGAUGGAGAUGUGGCAGAAAGUGAUGCACAAAAGCGAGCGAAGCAAAGAGGCCGUGGCGUUACGCAUUGAUCCCAAAGACAUGAGCAAACAGAGCUGUGCCACAGUGCCCUUCACACAGCGCAUAACGGAGGACGGCUGUGAGAAGGUGACGGUUCAUAAUAAUCUCUGCUACGGUCAGUGCAGCUCCAUGUUCGUCCCGUCCAGCGGAGAGUCCCGUGGACAGCAAAGAUCGUGCACUCGAUGCAGUCCCUCUAAAUCGCGCUCUGUGCUCGUACCCCUGCGCUGCGGGACAGAGGUGCGCGAGAGGCGCGUUGUGAUCGUUGAGGAGUGCAAAUGCGAAACAAGCAGUGAAGAGGUCAAAGUUAAGAACACGGAAAUGUUUCAUUUAUAACAGACAUUUUAAAGUUUUUUUUUUCUAAAACGUUCUAAUAUUUAAGUGCACCGAUGGUGUGUGUAGACUAGGCUAUAGGAUUACAAAGCCACACAAAUGUGGAAGAUCCGUGUCGUGUGUCUGAAGAGUGACCGAGAUUCGGUUCAGAAUGUGUUAAACACGAGUCCCUGGGAAUGCAGGGAAAAUCUUUCUGUAAACUGCCGUCUGAUAUUCAGCGGUAUCGUUUGUAUUAAACGAAAUGACAAUGCUGCUCUUGAGUUUUUUUUAUUUUUAAGAAUCAGUAAUUUUAUGGUUACGUGUAAUUUCAUAGCUGUACCGAUAAGUGUCGCUGUUGCAUGCAUAUGAUUUCAGCAUUUAUUUAAAAUUUUGUUUAUUCUGUUGUGUUGAUAAAAAAAUAAUUGAAUUGAGGUACAUUGAAACACAUCGCAGCGAGUGUAAAAGGUGGCCUGGUUUACUCGACUUCUUCAUACACAUUAUUAAUCAUUAUUAAUUCUCUACAUGUACUUACUAAAUGGUUAGGGUUAAAUUAGGAUUUGGCAUAGGGUUACUUGCAUGUAAUUAUGCAGGCUAUAGGCAAAUUGUUAUUAUAGCAUAGCCUAAUUUGUAAGUAUGUAAUAUGUGUAACAAGGAGACCUUAAAAUAAAGUGUUACCAUAUAUUUGUUGUAUUUUGUGAGAUGUAGGCUAUUUGAGUCUGGUGGCAUUAUCAGAGAAUUUAGUUCUUAAAUUCUUUAUGAAAAAAUAUAGGCUAAUCAGUUAAACUGUUCAAGCAACAAAUAUAAAAGUGGAGCGGUAUUAAAUGUAAAAGGUGCUAAAUCAAUAAAACAUCUGAAAGAAAACCCAUAACCUAAGCCUGUAUGUUUUUGUUUAAAUGCCCCCUAAUUAAUUUUUAUUCCAACUGGCUGGAAAAAGGUGGAGUUAACUCGUCCUAUACGAAAAAUUGCAGGAGGGAGAACAAGGGGGUGCUUUAAAUCGCCUGGCAGUCUGUCAAAACUUACUGAAAUUUAAAUUGCGCGCGAAAUAGCGCUCUCCAUCUACUCCUCGAGUGUAUUGUGGAUUUUACUGGCAGUUCUGGUCUACGUCAGUCUGCUAUAUGGGGAUAAUUAGGUAAACUUAAGUAAAUUAAUAAUUUAUUCAAAAGUGGUUACUCCUCGUGCAACAGAUGUGGCACUUUUUAUAUAAGUAGCGAAAACGCAUUAGAGGGCGCUGUUGCCGUGCAACGCUGAACGAAGCAGGGGCUUUUUUCGUAUUUAGGUUCACGUUUCACUCGUGCCAACUUAGAACCAGAGCUUUGGGAAAUCUAACCACCGUCGGUAAGCUCGUUAAAUGAUAACAACGCGAACCCGCGAGCGUCUCAGUAGGCUAUCUGUGAGGGGUUGGGCAAGCAAAGAAAGGCGGGAAAAAUACGCCAGAGAAACGCGCCAUUAAAACUGCAUUAGAGGAAAGUGGUGUGUGGUUAGUGCAAUCACUAGGUUGACAUUGCAACCCAGGGUGGCAGAUUGGUGUGAUAGGCAACUAGGGAAAUUUAUUAAAAGCAUUACAAAGAAACAAGCUUUUACGUUUGAAGCUAAUAUUAAUAAAAGCCUGUGUUCGCAUGAACAGCAGUACAAAAACUAGUAGCCUAUAAUUUGUCACUCAGCCCAUCUUAUUGUGUUUGUUCAGCCUGGUUUACUAUACAGUCAACCCACACAUGCCCAGCACUGAGUAUCUCCUGAGAGUGGACCAGUUGGAC